AGAUAAUUUUUCCUAAAUAUAAAGAAAUCGUAUGGAGUCAAAAAUCUUUGGUAGCGGAAGAUAUCAUACCACCACCAUUUGUGCUCUCAAAAUAUCCAUCACUUGGUAAACCAGAUGUUUUUACAGUAGUUAAAUAUCUACGCUUUUUGCAUGAUGUUUUAUUGAAUGAUGAGAUGUGGAAAAACGACUGGGGAGACACGUUUAAACAUAAUGUUUAUGAAGUUUACAAGUGGCUUGACGAAGAAUGUUCAAAUGAAGAUCUCAAUUUAAGCCAAUAUAUUGCACAAAACGAACCAUUGUUCCUUAAUUUUCAUAAAAAUUCAAAUCCAUUUGAUCCCGAAAACUGGUGUUCAGCAAGUGAUUUAGUCUUGAACAGUGAGCCAGGAGAAAGGAAGUAUGUCAGUCCAACGCUUUCCAAAUUUUCUAAUAUGCUCAAAUGUGCAAAUGUCCGAGAAAUAAAACCACCGAAUGUAGAGAUACAUGUUAGAUUACAUGAUCAAUUUAAUUUUACCAAUACAAUGUUUGAAUUUCUGUUGAAUCAAGAUCAGGCAACUUUCUUACAUGAUGUAGUUUUCAAUGUGAAUGGAGAAAUUAUAAGAACAAAUCGAUAUAUGCUUGCAGCAAGCUCAAACUUUUUCCGUGAAAAAUUCACGUCGAGAGAUUUUGCGGUAUCAAGUCCGGUCAAUCCAGUUACGAUUGUGAUUGAAGAUGUCAAUCCAAACUCGGUACGCAUCUUGCUACGUUAUCUAUAUGGCCAGAGUAUCGAAUAUGCGGUUCAAAGUUUAAAUGGGAUCGAGAUAAACCCAUCUUUGGAAAUGAUAAUAUAUGAAGAUUUGUUAAAGUUGGCAAAUUCUUAUGAAUUAGACCAUUUGAAAGAUCUUAUGGAGUUGAAACUCUCACGACUAGUUUCGAUGUCAAAC